CCUCCCCGACGCCCCGAACCGAACGACAUCACAACCCACACGCCACCCACAACCUCCUCCUCCUCCGACGAUCACUUGCCUCUACUAGCACCAGCUAGCUUUCCCCUCCCUCCAUCUAGCAACCGCCGCCCAUCUCGCGGCCGCCCUGGUCUCUGUCCAGUCCCGAAACGGUCGCUGGGUCCUCCCGCGCCCACACACCCCCCGGGUCGCGCGGCGGCAAAGCAGGCGGCGGGCUGGUCUGCUACUUUAACGCGCCCACCCACCGCGACCGCGCCGGCCGCCACGCCAAGAGCGCCGCUCCCCCUCGUGCGUGCCCCCUUCUACCUUCUUCUCCCCCCCGCGCCGUCCCGCGUGCUGCAGGUGCGUCGUCCGGGCUGCUGCUUGCCGCGCCUCCAGAGGCAUUUUUAUCCCGAGGACACGCCGACACCGAGGCGGCCGACGACCGCUGAAGGAAGGAGCGGAGCAGAGCAGAGCAGAUAUGGGGGACGCGCCACAGCCGCCUCCGCCGCCGCCGGGCUCGGCCGGCGGCAAGGCCCAGAAGACCUACUUCGACGUGCUGGGGAUCUGCUGCCCCUCCGAGGUGCCGCUCGUCGAGAAGCUCCUCGACCCGCUGCCGGGCGUACGCAAGGUCACCGUCAUCGUCCCCUCCCGCACCGUCAUCGUCGUCCACGACGCCGACGCCACGCCCCCGGCGCAGAUAGUCAAGGUGCUGAACCAGGCAAGGCUUGACGCAUCUGUUCGAGCUUACGGCAGCGGCACAGAGAAGUUAACGAACAAAUGGCCCAGCCCAUACGUUCUUAUCUGCGGAGCUUGUCUGCUCGUAUCACUGUUCGAGCACUUCUGGCGUCCCCUGAGAUGGUUUGCACUGGGGGCGGUGGCUGCCGGCUUGCCACCGAUCGUUCUGAGAAGCAUUGCAGCUGCCCGGAGGCUCACCCUUGAUGUCAACAUACUCAUGCUGAUUGCAGUUUCUGGGGCAAUAGCUCUGAAGGACUUCUCUGAGGCUGGGUUCAUUGUUUUCCUAUUCACCACAGCUGAAUGGCUUGAGACCAGGGCGAGCCACAAGGCGACUGCUGGGAUGUCAUCACUAAUGAGCAUGACACCACAAAAGGCUGUUCUAGCAGAGACUGGGCAAGUGGUUGCGGCUCAGGAUGUCAAGGUCAAUACAGUAAUAGCUGUCAAAGCUGGGGAAGUCAUCCCAAUUGAUGGUGUUGUUGCCGAUGGACGGAGUGAGGUUGAUGAGAGUACCCUCACUGGGGAGUCCUUCCCGGUGGCAAAGCAGCCAGAGUCCCAGGUCUGGGCUGGCACGCUCAACAUAGAUGGCUAUAUUGCUGUGAGGACAACUGCUAUGGCUGACAACUCUGCAGUGGCUAAAAUGGCAAGGCUAGUUGAAGAAGCACAAAACAGUCGAUCCAAUACACAGAGGCUGAUUGAUACAUGCGCCAAGUACUACACACCCGCUGUUGUUGUCAUGGCUGCGGCAGUAGCAGUGAUCCCUGUGGUGAUCAGAGCACACAACCUCAAACACAUGUUUCAAUUGGCCCUUGUCCUUCUAGUGAGUGCUUGCCCAUGUGCUCUGGUGCUGUCGACGCCAGUUGCCACCUUCUGCGCUCUACUCACGGCUGCAAGGACAGGGCUCCUAAUCAAAGGAGGGGAUGUCCUUGAAUCCUUGGCGAAGAUCAAAAUUGCUGCUUUUGACAAGACCGGUACAAUUACUAGAGGAGAGUUCUCUGUCGAGGAAUUCCAGGCAGUUGGUGGACGUGUCCCCAUACAACAACUUCUUUACUGGGUUUCAAGCAUUGAAAGCAGAUCAAGCCACCCAAUGGCAUCCGUGCUUGUUGACUAUGCUCAAUCAAAAUCAGUGGAACCCAAAUCUGAUAAUGUUACCGAGUUCCAAAUCUAUCCUGGAGAGGGGAUAUAUGGUGAAAUUGAUGGGGAAGGAGUUUAUAUUGGGAAUAAAAGAAUUUUGUCAAGGGCCUCGUGUGAAACAGUUCCGGACAUGAAAGACAUGAAGAGGGUUACUAUUGGAUAUGUCGCCUGCAAAAAGGAAUUGAUUGGAGUAUUUAGUCUGUCGGAUUCCUGCCGAACUGGAUCAGCUGAAGCCAUCAAGGAGCUAAGAUCACUGGGUAUCAAGUCAGUGAUGCUUACUGGGGAUAGUGCUGUAGCAGCUGCAUAUGCACAGAACCAGCUUGGGAACAUCCUAGACGAGGUUCACUCUGAACUUCUCCCAGAGGACAAAGUGAGAAUUGUUGAUGAACUCAAGGCAAAAUAUGGUCCUACGCUGAUGAUUGGCGAUGGCAUGAAUGAUGCCCCAGCAUUGGCUAAGGCUGAUGUUGGAGUCUCAAUGGGUGUAUCUGGAUCAGCUGUUGCAAUGGAGACGAGUCACAUUACGCUGAUGUCGAAUGACAUCCGCAGGAUUCCAAAGGCUGUCCAGCUGGCACGGAGAACACACCGGACGAUCAUUGUGAACAUCAUCUUCUCAGUGAUUACUAAGCUUGCAAUUGUUGGACUUGCUAUUGCGGGACAUCCACUUAUUUGGGCAGCCGUCCUGGCAGAUGUGGGCACAUGCUUGCUGGUGAUCAUGUACAGCAUGUUGUUAUUGAGAUCCAAGGGCGGUCGGAAUGCAAAGAAAUGUUGUGCCUCUUCACAGCAUGGAUCACACGCAAAGAAGCAUUGUGUUUCUGGCCACUGCUCAGAUGGUCCGUGCAAGUCGACAGGCAGUUGCAAAGAAUCGUCUUCUGGUAAGCAUGGUUGUCAUGAUCAUGGUCAUAGCCACACCCACUGCAAAGAGCUGGGCAACCAGCAGCCUACAGAAAAGCAUGCUUGCCAUGAUCACGGCCACAGCCACAGCCACUGCAAAGAGCCCAGCAACCAGGUGGUUACAGAAAAGCAUGCUUGCCAUGACCACGAACAUACUCAUAAGCACUGCAAAGAGCCAGGCAACCAGGUGCUUAUUGAAAACCAUGGUUGCCAUGAUCAUGGCCAUACCCAUGACCACUGCAAGGAGCUGAGCAGCCAGCACUUCAUCAACAAGCAUGAUUGCCAUGACAAUGACCAUAGCCACUGCAAAGAAACCAUUACUUCACAGCAUUCUGACAGCAACAGCGCAUGCCAUGAGCAUGAGCAUAGCCACUGUGAAGAAGACAACCAUUCACAUCCUGCAGGUGAGCAUGCUUGCCAUGAGCAUGAGCAUAGCCACUGUGAAGAUCAUAACCAUUCACAGUCUAUAGUUGAGCAUGCUUGCCACGACCAUGAUCAUGAGCACGAGCAUCACUGCCAUGCUGAGCAGAAGCCUGCUGAUACACACCACUGCCAUGAGCAUGAGCAUGACCAUGGGGAGAUUGAGGAAUCAGAAAAGGAUGGCCAUGCCGAGUUACAGCUCCACCACAAUCAUUGCUGCCAUGAACCUCAUGGCCUGGAGAAGAAGAUUGCAACAGUUCAGGAAUUCUCUAUCUCAAUCAGUUCAUUACCUGAUGAGAAUCACAAUCAUCAGAACCAGUGCAGCCACCACAGUGAAGAACACAAGGUGGAAGACUGCACGAACCAUCUGAAGGCGAAAGACACUGUUCCACCUCCCACCGACCGUUGGAGCAGAAACUGUUGCAGCGUGACUAGCAAUAAGGGUUGCGGAAGCAAAGGGAAAGACGUCUGCUCGAGCUGGCAAGCUGUGUGCGCCAGGGAGACCAGCCGGUGCUGCAGGAGCUACGUGAAGUGCCCCAGGACGAGGAGCUGCUGCAGCCACACCAUGCUGAAACUGCCCGAGAUCGUGGUAGAGUAGGGUGCAAUAAAGUGUAUGGUCGUAUGAACAGCUAAGGUAACUCAUCGGCGUAAGAUAGUAGGUUGCCGGUGCCGGUGCGGAGUGUUGGAUCUAGUUAUCUAUGUAUAGGUUUGCUGAAGAAAAAGAUGUAGGAUUUUGAUCAGGCUGGAGUCUGAAAGGGAGGACUCUGCCUGGUUGUGUUCCCUGCUCCUCUGUUUGCACUUCCUGUAAUGGUUGGUUCGAGGAGUUGCAACUGAGACUAGUGUUUGAUGAGGUGCUGUGGGAACUAUUAGUUUGGUGUGGUACUUCUUCUUGAGAUCAUA